AUGAACAAAAUCGACGCUCGCGUAUCACAGGGUGAGCUCUCAACGCCGUUCGAGGAGCAUUACCCAGAACCACCAGACUACUUUAGCCAGGAAGACUUUCAUGCGGCCUACGACCAUGAGGGUUUCUUAGAGAUGCUUACCAAAUUGCCGAAAAAGGACGUCGAAAGGUACUUCGAGAACCUGAAACGAAGAGAAAAGUGGGACUUGAGAGAAAAGGCGUCCAAGACGGGAAAGUUCUGGCGGCAGCAUCCUGGUUCUCGCGCCCGCUAUUUUCCCAAUGCUGGGUCGAGCAUCGAACAAUAUAUCAGCUGUUUGCUUUUCGAGACGUUCAGCGACUGUCCAUCGCACAUGUCACAGGAGGAAUCCGUGACGCAAACCGAGCUGUGGCCUGACUUCGCAGAAGGUAGAUCUUCAAGGCAGGAUACAAAGCUCUGUACACCCGUUGAAGUCGGUCCGGUUGGCACGCAUACAGAUUUCCUGAAUGCUGGGGUAUACUACAAUUCUUAUGAUGCUGAUCUACCCCUCUACGAACCGAAGCCGCAGCGCAAUCAUAACAUAGCUACUGAUCUCGAAGAACUAGUCAGACCUUCUACCGUCGAUGAACCAACAACUACUGCCAGAUAUGAAACGUCUGGCGUAAUCUGGACACAACAAGAUAUCUGCCAGUACCAGCAGAACCAGCAGAAUACUUGGCAGAUCUCCGCUCAUGACUACCAACGUCAGUACAUGGAGGACCAUUACGCACCGCGCUACCGGAGACUGCCCCAAACUCAAGCACUGCCGUGGCACCAGGAGCAACAAGUUCUUGAGUUUUGUAUCCCUGAGCUGUAUCCUCUGUAUGGAGGACUUUAUUCGGAGCAGUACGUACAGCUUCCGGGACACGCAUCCAAUGAGGCGCCUUCUCGAUCACCUCCGACACCAUAUCUGCGUCCAAUACAGCUUUUCUGCAACGGGGCAGACAUUUUGAGUGACUGGAGAUUGUGA